UGGAUAGUUCGUACCCAUUUGAUGAGCGCUCUCUCUGUUAGUGUACACUGGGGAAAAAUUCUCUCCAACUCUUGAAGCAAAUCAGCUUUCACUUUUUUUUUUGUACUCUCGCUCUUUCUUCACCUUUUCUUUUUUGUCUUUUUUCUUCUUCUUUUUGGUUUGUGGGUUUCUGGGCUCCUCAUUGAGAUCUGCUAGAAAAUGGGUUUUUCUCAACGGACGACUUGCACUGACUUUGGAGAGGCAACAUAUUUUCCUGCAACUGCGAUAUACGCUAGUUCUCCCUGUGUACAGAGAGGUGACUACAGUGAAGAAGAUGGUGAUGAAAUCAAAAUAAAAACCCUUUUGAGAAGAAUCGUUUUUGAUUUUGGCUUUGCCUGUUUUCGUCCUUCCCGACUCAAGAAUCGGAGGGACAAUGAUGAUAACGAGCAAAAUGAUGGCGACUCGAAUUGUAACAACCAUUUGGAGCACAACAAGGCGUGGUUGCUUGCAGAGUCAGGUGGGUGUGGUGGUGCGGAGCUAGGCAAUGCUGAUCCACAAUCAGUGCACUCCUCUUUUAGGUUCAGUCUCUGCUCUCAGGUUGAGCUCGAGUCCUUAAACAUGAACCCAAGCACUGUUGCUACUGUAUUGAUGGUUAACUUGGACGGUGGAUUGAAUGAAGACAAGGCAAGAGAACUCAAGUGGCGUAGAAUUGAGUCUUUGGAAAGGAGUAUUUCUCCAGUGGCCAAUUCGUUAGUCAGAUUCAGUUAUGGUGAAAUUCUUGCUGCUACUCGGAAUUUCUCCAAAGGUAGAGUUUUGGGGAGGGGAGCUUUGAGCUUUGUGUUCAAGGGAAGAGUUGGAUUCUUGAGGACCAUUGUGGCUAUCAAGCGGUUGGAUAAGGAAGAUAGGGAGUCUCCGAAGGCUUUCUGUAGGGAAUUGAUGAUUGCCAGUUCUCUUUACAACCCAAAUAUUGUGCCUCUUCUGGGUUUUUGCAUUGAUCCUGAGGAAGGCUUGUUUUUGGUCUACAAAUAUGUCUCUGGUGGAAGCUUAGAGCACCAUUUGCAUGAGAAGAAGAGGGGAGUAAAGGGUAGAUCAACACUCCGUUGGUCGGUAAGAUAUAAGGUCGCCAUGGGAAUUGCACAGGCAAUAUCUUAUUUACACAAUGGGACAGAGAGAUGCGUUGUUCACAGAGACAUUAAACCCUCAAAUAUACUUCUAUCCUCCAAGAAAUUGCCCAAGUUGUGUGAUUUUGGAUUAGCUACUUGGACAUCUGCACCUUCAGUUCCUUUCCUUUGCAAAACUGUUAAGGGAACAUUUGGCUAUUUGGCUCCUGAGUAUUUCCAACACGGGAAAGUUUCCGAUAAAACUGAUGUUUAUGCUUUUGGGGUGGUUCUACUGGAAUUGAUAACUGGACGGAAACCAAUUGAGGCUAGAAGGCCUCCAGGGGAAGAGAAUCUAGUUCUAUGGGCAAAACCACUCUUUCAUAAAGGGAAAAGAGCAAUUGAAGAGCUUCUUGAUCCACGGCUAAAAUGUAAGAGGAGACAGUCAACCCAAAUAGCCCGGAUGAUCCAAGCUGCAGCGGCUUGCAUAAAUAAUGAAGAAUCUCGGCGGCCUGGCAUUGAUGAAAUCAUUGCCAUACUAAGAGGUGAAGAGGAGCCCAUUUUAUCUGGUAGGAAGAAAUCCAACUUUUCCGGUUUUAUUGAUUGCUACCCUCAACUACAACAGUCAAAAAGUGCGAUGAGGAGUCACUUAGCUUUGGCCAUGCUAGGGGUUUCAGAGUUUGAGGAUGAUGAUCACCUUUACUGUAGGUGAAAAAUCAAAUAACAUCUAACCUCAUUGUUUUUCCUGUUUUCCUUUUUUUUUUUUUUUUUAUCGAGUUGCUUGCUUGAAUAGAAUGUCAUAGGAUCUAGAAUUGAAAGAAGUCUUGAAACUGUAAAUAGGAUCAUGAAUCUCUGCCUGACUCAGCAGAUGUUGCCAUUUAACUUUCCCUAAUCUCAUAGUUGUUGGGAAAAAUGUGUCAACAGAUUUUUCAUUUCAAGCUUAGAAAUUCCAAAUUAAUGGAGUUGCAUAUUUAUA